UGAACGGAGUAUCCAGUUCUCUUUAAUACAUAUUUAACAGGGUUACUAUCCACUAUUGUACUCCACUACAUCUCAAAGGUAAGUAUUGUAUUCUUUUUACUUACAUACAUUUUCAGAUUCCAUUUUCUCAUUCCCUUCCUGUCCAGUGAAAAACACUUAUCUCCAGAGGACUUUGAAUGGUUGUGAUUAAUUUAAGAAUUAUGUAUUCAUUCAUGUGCUGUGAAAAUGCUCCUUCUUCUUAAUCUAAGUAAAUUCUUUAAAAAGCCUCUUGGAUCAGCUGGAAAAUGCAUCACAACAAAGCUGGAAAAAAAAUGCAUUUUCUUCUGAAAUAAUUGUGAGAUGUUCUCACAAGACAGAGCUACAAACAUUUGAUGAUUUUAUAUAAUAUGAUGCAUUGCUGUAGAUUAAACAAGCCAAUGGUUAUCUUAAAAAUAAAAACAUCUAGAGCAAUAAAAUGCAUCAUACACAUUAACGCAGCAGUAACAUGAAUCCACAAACAUUAUAUAAAAUAUGAACCAUACUGCACAGGGUUUGAAUGCAGGAUGUUUACUUGUACUGGGAUGUUUUCAUUCUGUGGUAUUAUGUUUAUUUAAAUAACUUCGUUGUGCUUGUUUUUAGCUGCAUGUCUAUUUCUGUUUUACUGACAUGUGUACUUGGAACUGUUUUACUCUGAGAGCAGCUGAACAUAAAAAUAAAAUCCCUGUAUAUGUACACAUUCAGGUGACGAGGCUGGUUAUGAAACAAGGGAGGAGCUGCAGACAGGUGAGGGUGUGGUGUGAAAGUAGGAAGUCAGACUGCCAGACUCCAUUUUACACUUCGUCAGAGCAGGAGGAGAAAAACAGGACUGGAGUGAUGAGUGAUUUAAAAGACGAGGAAGAGGACAAAUUCUCAGUCUCCAGCUGUCUGAGUGAGCGGUCUAAAAGGAAACCUCCAGACUUCAGAGAUGAAGCUGGACCCUCAGAGAGGAAAAGGAAGAGGAAGAGUCCUGUUCCUGUGGAGCAGCAGCUGUCCAGCUGUGCUCUGUGUCAGGACGUCCUGAAGGAUCCAGUCUCUACCAGCUGUGGACACGGGUUCUGCAGACAGUGCAUCACCUCAUACUGGGAGCAGCUACCUCCAUCACGAGACUCCUGCUGUCCCCAGUGCAUUGUACAAAAUGAGGGACGACGGAGACUGAUUCUAGCUGUGAGGAACUGCAGGAAGGCUGUACUUUCUGGCUGUGGACUCUCAGAAACUGAAUGUGAAGUUGUGGCCUCAGCUCUGAAGUCUGACCCCUCCCAUCUGAGAGAUCUGGACCUGAGUUACAACAAGCUGCAGGAUUCAGGAGUGGAGCUGCUGAGUUCUGGACUAAAGAGUCCAAACUGCAGACUACAGACUCUCAGAUUGUGGAGCUGCAGUUUGUCAGAGAUCAGCUGUUCUGCUCUGAUCUCAGCUCUGAAGUCCAACCCCUCCCAUCUGAGAGAUCUGGACCUGAGUUUCAACUAUCUGCAGGAUUCAGGAGUGAAGCGGCUGAGAGAUCUUCUGGAGAGUCCAGACUGCAGACUGGAGACUCUCAGACUGACGGACUGCAGCUUGUCAGAGAUCAGCUGUGCUGCUCUGGCCUCAGCUCUGAAGUCCAACCCCUCCCAUCUGAGAGAUCUGGACCUGAGUUACAACAAUCUGCUGGAUUCAGGAGUGGAGCUGCUGAGUUCUGGACUAAAGAGUCCAGACUGCAGACUGAAGACUCUCAGACUGUAUAACUGCAGGUUGUCAAAGAUCAGCUGUUCUGCUCUGGCCUCAGCUCUGAAGUCCAACAUCCAUCUGAGAGAUCUGAACCUGAGUUACAACGAUCUGCAGGAUUCAGGAGUGAAGCUGCUGAGAGAUCUUCUGGAGAGUCCAGACUGCAGACUGAAG